AUGGAGCCAACUGAGGAGCUUGGGCUGCGGGAGGAGGAUGGGGCAUUAAGCAGUGGGACAGUUCAUUUCAAGCCAGCUUUCGGGGAGGUCAACCAGCUGGGAGGGGUAUUCGUGAACGGGAGGCCUCUACCCAACGCCAUCAGACUCCGAAUUGUGGAACUGGCCCAAUUGGGCAUCCGACCCUGUGACAUCAGCCGACAGUUAAGGGUAUCCCACGGCUGUGUCAGUAAGAUACUGGCGCGCUACAAUGAGACUGGCUCCAUCUUACCUGGGGCCAUUGGGGGCAGCAAACCUCGCGUUACUACCCCCACGGUGGUGAAACAUAUCAGGACCUACAAACAGAGGGACCCAGGAAUCUUUGCCUGGGAGAUCCGCGAUCGUUUGUUAGCAGACGGUGUGUGUGACAAGUACAACGUUCCUUCUGUCAGUUCCAUCAGCCGAAUCCUGCGCAACAAGAUUGGGAACCUGUCUCAGCAGAGCCAGUACGACUCUUACAAACAGCAUCAGCCACCACCGCAGCCCGCCUUGCCUUAUAACCAUAUAUAUUCCUAUCCAAGUCCUAUUACUGCCGCGGCAGCCAAAGUACCCACUCCUCCCGGAGUGCCUGGAAUUCCUGGCAAUAUGGCCAUGCCUAGAACCUGGCCCUCUUCGCACUCUGUCACGGACAUCCUGGGAAUCCGCUCCAUUACAGACCAAGUGAGCGACAGCUCCCCCUACCACAGUCCAAAGGUAGAAGAGUGGAGCAGUUUGGGCCGCAACAACUUCUCCGCCCCUGCCCCGCACCCGGUCAAUGGGCUGGAGAAAGGGUCUUUGGAGCAGGAGGUCAAAUAUGGACAGGCACCAAAUGGUCUCCCAGCCGUCAGCAGUUUUGUGCCAACAUCCAGCAUGGCUCCUUACCCUACCCCAGCCCAAGUGCCACCUUAUAUGACAUACAGCGCUGCUCCUUCUGGUUACGUUGCUGGACAUGGUUGGCAGCACACCAACACCACUCCACUCUCCCCACACAACUGUGAUAUACCAGCAUCGCUGACAUUCAAGGGCAUGCAGACAGCCAGAGAAGGUAGUCACUCUGUUACAGCUUCUGGUCUCUGA